AUGCUAUCCCGACGUGCCUUGACCUUGGCCGCAACCUCGGCGCGAUCUCUUGCCCGAACCCGUCCUCAAUCUCAAAUCCAACCUCGAUUCCGCAUCCCUCGAGCCCAGUUCUCGGUCGCAAGAUGUCUGAAGGCUGCUGGAGAAGAGAUAGACGAUCCUGAAAUGAACAACAACUACAUCAACCCACCUCGAAUCAAGCGACAACAUCGUGACCCCUAUGCCAACUGGGAUGACAAGCAAGAACGGCGCAACUUCGGCGAGCCCGUCCACGAAGACAAUGACGUUCUCGGCAUCUUCGCUCUGGAGGAUUAUACAUUCAUGUCCACCGCUCGGGGCCUCUUGCUGUGGGCCGGCUUCAUCACCUGCGUGCUGGGGGUAUAUUAUGGCGUCUCAUACACAUAUCCCGGCAAACCGAGUGCCCCAAGAGAACUUGAAGGAGGACUAUUUGAGGAGCUUGGAGGUCCAGGCGCCGUUAGGGCACAUAUGGCCGGGGACCCGGUUGACGAGGAAUAA